AUGUCUGAAUUGCCUGUUUAUAACACAAAUUCAGAGGCUCGAAGAAGACACCACAACAAUAACGAAACUAAGACAAAUACUCAAACAACAGAACAAAACAAUCUUUCAGAAGGAAGUGGAGGACAUUUAAAUUAUUAUUCUUUUCAACAAUUCGGCAAUUUUUCUUCAUUAAUUACUCCAGCUUCUAAUAUUUGGAACGCAGCACAGGAUAUUCUAAAUUUGCCUAUCGAUAUGCCAUUCCACGAUCGAACAGUUGAAUUUAGAACUGUGGCAAAGUCUUGUCAGUUUCGACAUCAACCUAAUGGGAAUAUAUUGGAGGCUAAAGGAGAGCGCGAGAAAAUGCUCCAAUCUUCUAUACAUUUUAAUCAAUUGGCCAAGAGGAUUGGCAGGGACUUGAGCAUGACUUGUGCGAAAAUGGAGAAAUUAUCUCAACUAGCCAAAAAUAAAUCACUUUUUGAUGAUCGAGCAAGUGAUAUUGAAGAGCUUUCUCAGACUAUAAAACAAGAUAUAACUGGUUUAAAUAAACAAAUUGCCAAUUUACAACAAGUUGCACUUCAGCGAUCCGGUUCUAAAAGUAAUUCAUCAAAAAAUGAACAGCAGGGCCAGAACCAUUCAAAACUUGUUGUUGUUGGUUUACAAUCAAAGCUUGCUUCGAUUAGUAAAACUUUUAAAAAUGUUUUGGAAAUUAGAACAGAGGUUUAUUUUUUGAAAUCAAUUAAAAUUUUGGGCUCUCUUCUUCUUUACGAUGAUAUGGCAGCUUCAAGUGGUAGUUCUUCUUUUACAUUGGAUAUGGAUCGAUUGGAACAACAUCGAAUUCAAGACCAAGUUGCACUUAUUGAUGAGACUGAUACCUAUCAUCGUUCUCGUUAUAGCGCUAUGGAAGGUAUAGAAAGUAGUAUUGCUGAAUUGGGCACAAUAUUUCGACAAUUAGCUUCUCUUGUCUCUGAACAAGGCGAAAUGAUUACUCGAAUUGACUCUAAUGUUGAAGAUACAGCUUUAAAUGUUGAAGCUGCCCAUUAUGAAUUGCUCAAAUAUUUUAACAAUAUUUCCCGUAACCGAUGGCUUAUUUUAAAAGUUUUCGGAGUUUUGAUGGCAUUUUUUAUUUUCUUUGUGAUUUUCAUGACAUAA